UCCAUAAGUCCACCAGCCUCUCCGUGAAGACCUGGGUAGAAGGACCACACACCCUACUCUGUGCCAGGUGUUCUUGUUGCUGGUCUUGUAGUUUUACCCUUUUGUGGACUAGGACACUGUGGGUCCAAAGACAGUUCAAUCCUUAUGGGUGCUAUGCUGAUGAGGUGCCCUCUGCAGGGAAGUUGUUGGGUCUCCCUCCGGCUACACCUUCAAGGACCAAUCCCUGGGCCCAUCCCACUAUCCUCACAGUGACUCGGGCAUAGCUUCUGCCCUCAGUCCCUACUGUGCUGAGGUGGAAGUGUGGCCAGAGCUGUGCUCGGUGCUAGCAUGCAGACUAAGGCUUCUGAACUGCCCUCACAGAAGCAGCUGGGAGGUUGUUAGAACACACAGGAUGGGGAAACAGGACAAUGUCCCUGACAGUCUGCCUCCUAUAGGGAGGCUUCAGCCCAUUCACAGGAAUCCUGGCCCUUGUCUUUGGGGACUCAGCUGUCCUCCCUCCUUCAAGGAUUUGCCAUCUUGAACACCAUAGAGGGAAUGGAUCAGGACUUCCAGAGAGCAAGAUGUCACCACACUGAACCCUCUGUAGAACACAUUGGGGAUGGCCUAGUGGUACCUGCUAGAAAGUUUUAGGGUGGAGCCAUGAAUCUUGGGGAGGUAUCAGUCCUCCCAGCAGGCAACAAUGGGCUCUGGAUUCUUGAAUAUGUGCACCCUGCCUUCUGUUGGGAAGGAGUGGGACUGGGCAGUCUUUGAGACAGUUGAAGGUUACUCAGAAAAGGUGUUUUCUCAUGUGAACACAAUUGGGACCCCAGAAUUGGUACAAUUUGGAUGUUUAUGUUGAUGUGGACAUUUAAAUCCCAAAUACUGUGAUUUUUGAGCCUACCCCACUACCACUUUCUAUUGGGGACAGUGGGCGCCAGGGUCUGUGCUAAAUACUUAGCAUGAUUAGCACCUGCUAUGAUUAGCACCUGCUAGAGUCGUGCUGGGUCAGUCUCCCAGGAGAUGAAGGCUCCUCCCAUAGCUUUCUGGCAUACCCAAUCCCAGCAGACACCUCACCAGGACCAUCCCUAUAUAUCUUCAUGCUUGCCCCCAUAUGAGACCCCUGCAAGAAUCUGAACACUUGCCCACUUUCCUUCUUGGCAGUCAGAGUGACUCUAAGAUGGCCCUGCUGUUCUUCCCUCCCUUCAUCCCUAGAAUUAAAUGCCUGCUAGCUCCCACCCUUUCCCUCAGCCCAGCCUACCUUCAACUUAGCCCUUUGUCCUUACCAUCUCAUUUUGGAUCUCAUGGUUAGUUCAAGCCCAGUCUCCUCUGCAAGUGAGCCCUGAGUCCUUUGUCCCUAUCUGUCACAUUGUUGCUGAGAUUCUGGCCGCAUAAAUUAGGUGGUGGACUCAUAGACUACUCGCUAGCGGGACAUUGCAUAGCUUCUUUUUCCAGCCUUGAGCUAGACAGCUGGAGCACAGAGCUCUGGAUUUUUCCAGUUAUACCACUGGCCUGGGAGGGGAGCUGCAGUGGCUGUCAACCAGUCUUCCUCAACAGAUAUGAGCCUCUCAGCCUACCUAAGGUCCCGGACUGCUCUGGCCCCCAAACUCCACCAGGCCUCUUGUUAUCAGCUUCCAGCUUCAAAGGUGCCUGCCCCUACCCACCACCAUGGCGACCCCUUCCUGGUGGUGCUGACUCAAAUGCUCCUCAGUUUGGUACUGAGUUUUCACCUUUCUCACAUGAGUGUAAACACAAUGAGAAGCAAUCUCCCCUUCCUGACUCCACGGUCUACGGAAAGUCAGCUUUCUUCUGGAAGAACAAGACCAAUAGGAAGAAGCUGCCAGGCCACAUCUCAUUGGCUGACAGCCCCCAGGGUUCUGCCAGCUCCUGGGGUUCCCUUGCCUUUACCCAUUCCUGAGUUGUCCAGUGCCAGCUUUCUCAGACCUUUUGUAUUUGAAAAAAAAAAAAGUAGAAUCAAGCUAAUACAUGUCUGAGGCGGUAACUCCCUUGCUUCCAAACAGCCCCAUCUCCAUGUUGUUUGGAGAAUAGGUCUCUUCACUUCCAUUAAACUGCAUCCGAAAUCAACCUUUAACAUCACAGUUGUAUAUGAAGUUUUAAAACUGCCUGAAAAUAUACUAUCUAAAGCAUACACUACUUUUUAAAUAUUGAUGACAGGAGAGUAAAACUUCAGCCAAGAAGUAGAAAAGACAAGCAGCAAAGACUGUCCCUCCCGGCGCUGCAGUUAGGUUUGUUUCACCCGUGACAUUCUCACAGGCUUGCUUAGGCGAGAUCAGCUCCUGGCUUCCCUUACCUUUUGACCCCAUUAAAACCACAACUGAUUUUGAGUAGAAAACAAGCUUGUCUUGGAAAUAAGUUUAACAUAUUUGCCUUCUUAAAUUUCCAAUCCAAUUCCCGGAAUACUUCCCAGAGCUGUAUAAUUAACCCCGUUUUGUUUGUCGUUUGUACUCAGGGUCCCGGUCCUGUUCUAAUCUCUAUAUUAUUAUGACUUCUUAUGGCCUCAUAAACACCUUUCAAACAAAUAGCUGUGAUAAGUAACUCAAAAUGGAGAGUUGGGGGCCGGAACUGCCCAGAAGUCACUAAGAAAAGUGGGUUUCCUGGAAGGUCUCCAGGGUUCCGGGUUGUGCCUCCUGCUCUGGGGGGACCUCAUCCCGAGCGAAGUAGCCUUUUGUCUUUCUGCCAUCUUUAAUUUUGUCUCCUCUGAGUUCUUCCUCACAAUCUAUAAAUAACUCCAAGUUCCUCCCAUUUUAAAACAAAACAAAACCAAAAAACCCUCUCAGCCCUGCAUUCCCACCCCCUCAUCUUGUGUCAUUUGGCUCUUUCUCUCUCGGUCUUUGCCUCCUCAGCAAAAUUUUCCAAAAGCACUGCCUGCACUUCCUCUGGCCAAAACCCACUCAACACCAGCUCCCUGCUGAGCCCCUACCUCCAGCUUGACACCAGGGGUCCUUCUGGGCCUGUUCCCUGAUUUCCUAACUCCAGAUUAGGCACCAUCCUGAGAACUUUCCCCCAGUAAUGUUUGAUUUUAUUUACUCCUAGAUUUUAUUGGCUUUCAAAAGGAAGAUUAAAAAGUGAAACAAGAAUUAAUAGUAAAUGUCUUUAACUCUAAUUAAUUAUCUGCUAGAUUGUUAGUUUUUCUCUCUUAAAAACAUUAAGAGCUGGGCAGCGUAAUUCACACCUAUAACCCCAGCACUUGGGGAUUCUAAAGUAAGAGGAUCUUGAAUUGAAGCCCAGUCUGGGCCAUGCAGAAAUCCUUGUCUUAAAAACCAAACAAGCAGGGAGCUGGAGAGUUGGCUCAGCGGUUAAGAGCACUGUGUGCUCUUGCAGAGGUCCUGAGAUCAAUCCCUAGCUAUGACAGGAUGCCCUCUUCUGAUAUAAAGGCAUGCAUGCAUGCAAACAGAGCACUCAUAACAUUAUUCAAAUAAAUAAAUAAAUAAAUAAAUAACUCUUAACAGAUAAGUUUCCAGGGGAGGGGGGGCAAUGCAGAAAGAAUUCUACCUAGUAACAGCUAGCCUAGAACUUUGAUAAACCACCUCAUUUGUGACCGGAGGAGGGGAGUACUGUUUUCUAAUGAUCAAAGCUUACACCUUGCAAAUUUAUAUGUCAUCUUACAAGAGAUUGGUAAAUUGCAAAUGCAGUUUGGUAAAAAAACGAACAAAUGCCGUCCCAUACAAACACGUUGUUACCAAUGCCAAAGGGCAGUUUUCUGGGACCAUAAGCCAUCAGGCUUGCUUCACUUAGCCAUAUUUCAGCUUUCUGCCUUCCAUCGAAAGACUGUGGCUAUCCUGGCAGCCUCAGAAUGUCUGUACUUUCGAGUAGAAUGCAUUCCUUCCACAGCACUCCAAACUUACGUGCUUUCCAGUUUGACAUUUUGAAGAUGGGAUCGUGGAGGAAGUCAGCUAGGCCUUGGGAGUUAAGAACUUUUGCUAAACAACUACUGUAAAAGAAUCUAUAGCCAAUAAUCCUGCACAGCAAGAGAUCUGUUGCUAGCACCCCGUUAGGUCACCGUGCCGCGGGGAGGGGUCUUUCGGCCUCGGGCUUCUGAUCCCUAGAGGUGUCGAAGAUUAAGAGCUAUCCUUAGCCUAGGAGGCCUAACUGAACGAGAGAAGCCUGGUUCGCUGUGCAGCGCUCAGCCCAAAGAACCCCAAACAUCAACUCCAGGGCGGGGCGGGGAGAGGGCGGAGUCUUCAGCGAGGAAACCGCUCCGCUUGAGCCUAACGGGAAAGGACGGCGGGCUGGGGGCGGAGUUAAUGGGCAGCGUCUAGCAGGAGAGCCAAUCAGCGGGCUCUUGGCUCCAUGCAUAGGGGGUGGGGCAGGUCAGCUGUUCCUCCUCAGCCUCUCCGCGAUACCACGCCUGCGCAGAUAUUACUGCUGUUGCUAUCUGCGCACGCUCGUCCCGGCACUCCCGUGAGGCACUGCGACGCGCGCGGUUGGAGGUCGCUGACAGCGCCCGCGGGAGCAGCCGGAGGUGAGGGGUUCCGGUUCGGCGUUGGCGGGGCCGCCGCCACCCUCCUGCAGCCAGCUUGAAGCGCGGAUAGCCGAUAGAGGUGCGCGGGAGACUGAGGCUUCGUGCCGGGACUGAGGCUGCGUGGCCAGUCAUCCGGCUGGGGAAAGGACACUAUAGAUUGUAUUUCCCCAUUUCUUCCAUGGACUUAGUGUAAACAUGUUUUUUUCUGUUUGAACUUAGUUCUUAAAGACAGUUACCAUAGAUUCAUAUCAAAUAUAAGAAACAGGGGUAGGGUAGUUAAACCAUGAGUUGUGGUAAGGAGUUUGUGGAAACAUUGAAAAAAAUUGGUUAUCCUAAAGCUGAUACUCUUAAUGGAGAAGAUUUUGACUGGCUGUUUGAGGCUGGUGAAGAUCAGUCAUUUUUGAAAUGGUUUUGUGGAAAUGUUAAUGAACAGAAUGUAUUGUCUGAAAAAGAAUUGGAAGCUUUCAGCAUUCUUCAAAGAUCAGGCAAGCCCAUCCUAGAAGGAACGGCAUUGGAUGAAGUUCUUAGAACCUGUAAAACUUUUGAUUUGAAGACACCUACACUGGAUGACAAAGAGAUACAGAAAUUAGAAGAUGAGGUUCAAAUGCUGCAGAAAUUAUAUAACUUAAAAAUUCAGCGACGGAAUAAAUACCAGUUAAUGGCUUCUGAAACUAGUUACAAGUCUCUGGCAUUAAAUGCUAAACAAGAGGAAGCUACUAAGAAGCUAAAACAAAGUCAAGGAUUCCUAGAUGCUGUGAACACUAAACUCAAUAAUGAACUUCAGGUUCUUACUGAUGAAGUUAAUAGUUUGAUGAUAUUCUUCAGAAAUUCUAAUUUAGGUCAAGGAACAAAUCCAAUGGUAUUUUUAUCUCAAUUUUCCUUGGAAAAAUAUAUAAGCCAAGAGGAGCAAAGCACAGCAGCCUUAACCUUAUAUACCAAAAAAGAAUUCUUUCAGGGUAUACAUGAAGUAGUUGAAACUUCAAAUGAAGAAAAUUUUCAACUCUUAGAUAUACAAACACCAUCUAUUUGUGAUAAUGAAGAAAUCCUUCGGGAGAGACAACUGGAGAUGGCUAGGCUGCAGGUAGCAUACAUCUGUGCCCAACAACAGAUCUUAUACCUGAAAGCAAGUAAUUUGAGCAUGAAGUCAAGUAUAAAAUGGGCAGAAGAGAAUCUUCAUAGCCUAACCAGUGAGGCUGUUGGUAAAGAAAAUUUGGAUGCUAAAAUUUCUAGCUUGAACCAUGAGAUUCUAAAACUUGAAGAACAAAUCACUCAUAUGAAAGACAAAAUUUUGCCUGCUGUAGUAAAAGAGAAUGCCCAGUUAUUGAACAUGCCAGUUGUAAAGGGAGAUUUUGAUCUGCAGAUUGCUAAACAAGAUUGUUAUACAGCAAGACAAGAGUUAGUUUUAAAUCAGUUGAUAAAGCAGAAGGCAUCAUUUGAGCUUGUACAGUUAUCAUAUGAAAUUGAGUUGAGAAAACAUUGGGAUACAUAUCGGCAACUUGAAAAUUUGGUUCAACAACUUAGUCAAAGAAACGUGGUGCUCUGUCAGCAAUUAGCAACGUUAACGGAUCCGUCAGCAUCUGAGCAGUUAAACUCCAGGACUCCCAUCAACACUAAAGAUUAUUCUACUCAUAGGCUUUAUCAACUUUUAGAAGGAGACAAUAAGAAAAAAGAAUUGUUUAUAACCCAUGAACACUUGGAGGAAGUGACUGAGAAAUUGAAACAAGAUCUUUCUCAAAUACAAGAUCAAUUGGCAGUAUCUACUCAAGAACAGUUUUUCUUCCUGUCCAAACUGAACAAUGAUGUGGACAUGCUUUGUGAUGCUUUGUAUCACGGAGGGAACCAGCUAUUGCUCUGUGAUCAGGAGUUAAUGGAGCAUGUUCAUCAAGUUGAAUCUAAGUUGAAUAAACUAAAUCAUCUCCUUACGGAUAUUCUUGCUGAUGUGAAGACAAAAAGAAAAAUUUUGGCAACUAAUAAAUUGUAUCAAGUGGAAAGAGAAUUAUAUGUAUAUUUUUUCAAAGAUGCAGACUAUCUAAAAGAUGUUGUGGAAAAUUUAGAAAACCAGUCAAAGAUUAAGACCUGAUCUUAAAAUUAAAGACUGAAGAUUUCUAAAACUGAAUCUUUACUAUGCCUGCUGUGUUUUAAUUUUUAACUAUCAGGAUGCUAUUUCUACUAAGCACUACUAAUUUUUCUUUUGACAUUUACUUAGUAUGUGGGGAGGGAUGGGUAUAUGUGCAGUCGUGUACAGUAAUUAGUGUGUACCAUGUCACAUGUGUGGAGGUGAGAGCGUCUUGUAGGAGUUGUGUUACUCUUCUAUCACAAGAGCUCUGGGAAUGGAAAUCAGGUCGUCAGUCUUGGUGGCAGAGAUUAACCCACGUCAUCAGCCUCAGUGCUACUAGGGUUGUAAAUUUAAGAUCAACAGAACAUUUUAUUUGAAUAGAUUCAAUGUCAAGUUGAACUUCCCUAGUAUGAAAAUUUUAAAUACUCCAAAAUUUGAACCUGUAUUUUUAAGCAACUGGAAUGUUUCUCAAAUGAAAAAUUCUACACCUGAUCUUACAUGGGUUGUCAGUCAUAAAAUACAUAC